GUGGCAGAGUAGUCUGUCUCUUUCUUCCAUCUGCUCCUCUCUUCUUCAUCUUUUUGCUGUUUUUUCACCCUUUCCCUUAAUCAAUACAAACUAAAACGUUUUUCAUUUUAUUUCAUCCAUUUUUGUUUUGCUUCCCUAUCAACAAGAGCUUGGGAUUUCUAUUAGAAUCUUUCAAUCUGAGUUUCUCUUCUGGAUUUAUCAACUACAUUGCAUUUGAUGGUGGCUAUGGAGCUGCUGUUGCCCUGAUGCGAAAAGGGAGCAUACAAGAACUCAUUGUUGCCCAUCAACGAGCAUUGCGGCAUGUGAAAUGACGACUCGUGUCUCUCCUUGUCAUACCAUGGCAUCGCAAGUGGGGAAUUCGCCUGCACAGGCUUUGUUAGUGGUGGUAGCAGCUGUAGCUCUGGGCUCAGAAAGUACUGUUCCCGAUCCAAUCUCUUUACCGGAACUAACUUGUGUAAGGAGACCCAUUUGCUCCAUUUGUCUCCUCAAUUGAUCUUUGGUUUGAAUGUUCCAUGGUUUUGAUAUAGAGAAAACUUGACAGCAGCACUCUCGAUUAGUUGGCAAAACUCUGGGAAUUUCCUCCAAUGAGCUUCUGGGAUUCACUUGGGUGUUUUGCUUGGUGCCUGUAUAAGAAAACUGUGAGCACUGACAACAUCCCAGGGCUCCAGGGCGCACUCAUAGCCACCAUUGGAGUUCAGAACUCGAACAAUCUCAAUUCCAGCAGCUCUGUUCUCGCUGGCUUCGAAUUUCCAGAUCAAGCUAGCUUCAAUGCUGUCUCAUCCACAACUAUUGGGUCUAGCCUUUCUGAUUUCAAGAAAUCUGAAACAUCAGAGGCAAAGACCCAAUCAAUUUUAAAAACAACUAGGCUGAAAUUUUUUUUAUGCAUGGCUACAUUUCAGGUUAAAGAUGCAAAAACAACCCGCCUUUUUUUUGUGGGGCCCAUGUCUGUGCGCAUCUUCAAGAUGCAGAUAACCCUAACUCGGUAUUAUGUUUCUGCUCAACGCUAUUUUAGUAUUCUGUACUUUUCACAACCCUAUUUUAGUAAAAAAUCCAUGGUCAAGGGUGGAUCUUAGAUAUCUUGCCGAGGUAGUUAAUGGGUACUUCGUAUACACAGAUGAGAUAUACUUUAGAACCUUGACGCUGUUGAUCUCAUGUUUCUUCUUGAUUACUUUCUAACUUUAGCAUUAGGGGGUUUCUAUCGAACCUUGCUCUAGUGACUCCGAAUGUUCUAUUGUGCAAGAAUUGAUCAUCCAAGGAGGCUAUUUCAAAUAAAGAUCAUAGCCCAAGCCUUUUACUGGUGGUGAGCCUAACCAAAUUCUGCAUCAACAGUCAAGGACCAUUUGCAGGAAACCACAACAAAAAGCCAUGAUACGAUCAUAAACUCGCUGCGGAAAGAAGGGAAUGGCCAGCCUUGAGGACGAUCAAGAGCACAUUUCUGUGUUUUUUUGCCUCGACUAUCCUUCUCAACGAGGAGAACCAAAACUUGAUGCUCCCUAAGUGUCACGAGCUAAGCUUGUUCAGGGCAUUAUGCUUGCCCGUGACCGCUUAUCUCGUGUGCUUAGGAUGGGUUUCCAUCAUGUAAAUACUAGUGUAGGGUUAAUUUCUGCUAGUAGAGUCUUUGUAAGCCAAAUAAGGCAGUAUGACUACUCGGUCACUUUGAUGUUUCCUAGUGUCAGGAUGAUAAUUACAUAAAAACCUCUUUAGGGGAGGGUGAAUGUUCAUCAGUCAUUGUAAAACUCACUAGCAAUUGUCAACGUGCUUAGCCUACUUGCCUCCCUCGCUAAGUACAACAUGUCAACAGAGGAUUUGUUAAUGAAUUACGUUUGCUUCAA